AUGUUUGGCGUCACGAUAGCCGGGGCCUCCGGUCUCAAGGGUCUCAACUCAGGUUGGCAGGUAUGGGGAUCAACGACACCAGCGUCCAAGAGGAAUGCGUCGAUAUCCUCCGCUGCUAGUGUGACCGAUCUCUCACCAUCCCAGGCUGAGAGUGGUUACCGUGGAAAUCUGGGAGAAAGCUGGAGUGCACCAAGGCCGACCAGCGGAACCUGGGAUGAGCUGAGUGGAAGCCCUCAAAAGAAAGAGUUCUCGCAGUUGGACACUAAUUCCCCCUUGUCUCUGCAUCAUGCUCGGCAGAGGCAAGCAACCGCAGCGCAAGCAGCCGCGUUGUCAGGCCCAAGAAUUGACGAUCGCUCCUCGGCAAAGCCCGGACAAUUCUCUCCUCAAAGGUUCGACAAUGCUCUCGGAAAGGAAACUGGAGUCUCCAAUAGAUAUGCAGCUUCUUCGAAUGCAUCGGGCUAUGGAUCGUCUGCCUUCGGUGGUCAAAAUGGUGGCUUUGACUCCAUGCAGGUGUCUUCAGUUGUUGAAAACGAAUUGUCUAUGGGUCUGAGAGGGAUGGCAGUCGAGGACGAUCACGUCAGCGGCCAAUACCGUCACCAAACCGCCUCUUCACCGUCCAACGCUGUUGCUUCUCAUUCCCCUGCUGCUCCCCAGGUGCGACCACCCCCACAGAUGGUUCAAGGACGUCCCCCGUAUGGUAGUUACCCCCAGGCCGAUUAUUCGUCGUAUUAUACCAACGGCGCCACACGCGACCCUUACAUGGAUUAUGGAUAUGGAUACAGUACCCCGACGGACCCUUCACUCUACCCUUCAUCUGCUGGGAUGAAUAAUACUUCCGCGGCAAGCCUAUACCCUGGCGUAUCACCACAGCCGUUACACCAUAAUGCUCCCACUGGCCAACAGUCCAGUAUAUACUACGACUAUUCAGCCUCCGCGCGAACUCCCUCGCAAUAUUACUACCCCGCGCAUCAACCAAUAAUGUAUCCAACCAUGCCUCCGCUCUCUCCGAUGCCAACUCCUCAGCUCAGCGCUGCCGCGCCCGCCAGUGUAUGGACUGCAACAACAGGUGGCCUUUCAAAACAUUCUGCGCCCCGCCAUGAUCUCAUAUACUCCCCAUCAGGGUUAUGCUGCUGA